GUUUUCACCUCGUCCGUUUGAGGUAAUAGGGCGCUAUUAGCCCUCCACACAUCCCUCUACGACGUCACUACGUACUGCUGGAGGCUUACGUCGCCGCCCUCAGCAAUCGACUGGAUCCAUGUCCUCUGCCCACUACCGUCGCAGUUUUCCUCGAAGACCAGAUUCAGCGACUUUGCACCCCUGUGAUAGCGUGGCAGGUCUCUUUAGUCCUCCAGCUCUGCAAAACCGCAUGCACCCAUCAUGAUACUCGGGCCUGUCAGUCUUAUCGACUGCCUCGUCUUCGUCGUCUUCCUUGCUCCACAGCUCAUUCUACAUGUCGGCCUCAUCCGUACAGUUCUCGUCGCAGGCAGCUGCCUCCCUUUCCUAAUAUGCAAGUUACCUGUUGAAUUGGUGAAGCAGCGUUUUAUAGAUCGUCAAAAAGAUGCGUGGACAGCGUCAUCGACCUUCUUUGAAGACUUGGUCAUUCGAUGCGUGCGCUAUGCCUUUGCCAAUGUCCCCAACAGUGUGGGUCGGAUAUUCUUCUCGAAAUGGGUGGCUAUGCCAUUUCUCAGAUGGAGGAUGCUGAGGCACGGCUUUGUGAGGAGCCCAGUCUGCUACAAAGAGUACGUGUCCGGAAAGGGACGAGAUCAGAUGAGAGGCAUAUGGGUCAUGCAUAGACCCGAGCAGCCUCCUGAUCUGGUGCUUUACUAUCUCCAUGGCGGUGGCUUCGCGAUGGGUUCGGCCUACUUUUACUUGGAGUUCCUCAUGGUCUGGCACGCUCUCCUGCUCGAGGCUGGCUACAAGAAUCCCGCCAUCUUCGCUCUCGAGUACACACUCGUGCCUGACGACAUUUACCCGCGUCAGAUCCACGAGGCACUGAGCGGCUACCAGCACGUUCUGGACUACGCCAAAUCAGCCUCCAAGGUCUGCGUGGCCGGCGAUUCUGCCGGCGGCUGCAUAGUGUUGAGUCUACUUCACGAACUCGGGAAUCAAAAGCGCACACAGAAGAGGCGCAAUGCGUCGCAGGGCGGCCUGACAGGUCCGCGGCCACCCAUGCUGCCACUGCCACGUAUGGCCACGCUCAUCUCCCCAUGGGUGACACUUAUGACGCAUCGCCACCGCGAGUCCAAGGUAGACUUUCUGGAUCGUAAGACGCUGUGGAAGUACGCACACGAGUACGCUGGGGAAUCGAUGAUCAACCAGUCCCCUGCCUCGCCAGGCUCAUGCAUAGACGAUGCGCUUUGGCUGGCGGCAUGUCCAGAGAAAGGUUACCACGUCAUGUACGGCGAGGAAGAGGUGUUUGCACCUGACAUUGAGCACUUUCUCCAGGAGCUGAAACGGCUCGGCCUGGAGGUUAGAGGGCAGAAGAUCGAGGCGGGCAUCCACGCCUGGCCGGUGGCAUCGUUGUUCUUGUCGAACACGCGGGAGAGGAGGCUCCAUGGUCUGCGAUGCAUGGUUAAUGAGAUUCACUGCAGAAUGGAUCGACACGGGAUGAUGAACGGGAAUAAAAGGUCAGAUUAGAUCAAGUUAAAAAUGGUCAUCGAUGGUAGUUGGAAGCAAACCAAAGACCCUUAGCCUAGAAACUCGGUUCUCUGGUUGCGCUACCAUCUCGGUUUGAAAAGCUCGGAUGUUUCUCUUCAUGAAAGUAGGCAAUGGUAUGCUGGAAGACUGGAGCGUCUGCUCACCUUGUGGAUGCCUAACACAGGCAGGUAGAAUGUCUCCGGUCAUGCCGCGACUCACUGGCACGAGGCAGGCCACGCGACAGGGUCAGCAAUGCUG